GCUCGCAUUAGGUCAAUUCAAUUAUCUAGGCGAGACCUAGCGACAAUACCAAGCACAAAGAUCGCCAGUUGCGGCAAUGGUUGUACCCAGAUCCGCAAUUGUCAGUGGACUGCCAGUGGCGGAAAGUCUUUGCCACCUGUCAUGAACUCUGCCCCUCAGCCAAUCAGACCCUCGGAAAUAUAUCAAAAGGGGGUUGCGCCGCUUGGAGAGAUGGGUUGUGCGAUGAGGCAGUUGAGCAGUUGACAAGCAGCGGAUCAAAAUGCAGAUGUCUACCAACCAUGUCGGUCACUACCUGCUGAUAAACCUGCUGCUGCCAGCCCUGUUGGUGGCCGGAUCCGAAGCCGGCGGUGCCCGCGUCGUCAUCGUGACCAGCUCGGGCUACCUGAUUCCCCCUUUCCGCUUCGACGAUUGGAACUACUCGGACGGCAAGGAGCAGGGCACUCGGACAGGCUACGGCCAGGCUACGUCCAGGCUACGGCCAGGCCAAGAUGGCCAACAUCCGAUUUUCUUUCGGCUUGACUGGGCGGCUCAAAGACCGCGGCGUCACGUUGGUGGCCGUCCAUCCGGGCGCAACACGGGCAAGGGCUUCGAGUUCGAGGAGAUCUGUGGAAGCUGA